UUUGCAAAUCUAUGGAGAAAUACUGGUACCGCCCAUUUGAGGAACAGUUUGGAAACACAAGCAGACUCUUGCAUGUUAUCGGGCCCAUUUGAUCACAUUUCGAGCGAGCUCAUACAGAAAGUAAUUGAUGUUUUGCUGGAGUACAAGAUUUUUAACCCAAAAUAUCUACAGUUGCUGUUUAGCAACCACCUGAACCAGUUAGACCUGUCAAAAGCCAGCAUAAGACAAAACAGUGUUGCAGAGACAAUAGGGAUCCGCUGUCAUAACUUGACAAGACUAUGCCUGAAACAUUGUUCUAGUUUGUCAAACAAGAGCCUUGUUUCUAUGGUAACAUACCUGAAGAAGUUGCAGCAUUUGAAUUUAGCCAGUACUAAAAGUGACAACCAAGUUUUGGCAGCUAUUGCAAAAAACUGCAUGGAUUUAUUGACACUGGAUGUAGCAUGUACUAGUAUCCAAACCCUUCAGCCUCUGCUGUCACAUGAUCUAGAAAGACCAAUGGGAUCUCUUCCAUGUCCAAAGCUCCAAUGUGUGGACUUUUACAUGCUAAUGUUGCCACAGGAACAUGUUGUUGGUUUCCUUCGACAGAGAUGUGAUAUCCUUACAGAUUUCAUUUUUGACAAUAUGAUGGAAACAGUUGAAAAUUAUACACAAAAUGAAAUUUCCUCUUCAUUAAAUGACCUUGCCCUUCAGAACAGGUCGGGAAAGGGCAUGCAAGAAAAACAAGAAACGUCAAGUCAGCUUAAUGAUAAACGUUUAAAAAUUCGUACCUUGAACUGUGAUAUGAGUCAUUCUAGCCCUGACAAUUCACAUGGUCUUCAUAUGACGGUGCUGACUUGUCCAAACAUCACGUCAGUAAUUUUGACAAAUGUUAGCAAAUGUAGCCAGAUUGUUCCUUUACAGAACUUGGAAAACCUCUCUAAACUUUCUGUCAGUCUUUGUCAAGAGUGCUAUGUUGAUGGCCUGCUGCAUUAUGACACAGGAAUAAAACCAGUUCUGGAGAAACGGGGAAACAGAGUUAUUUCCCUUCAUCUUAAUGGAUUCCCAGUUGUGGAUAUUCAGUCCAUUGGUAUUUUUUGCCCAAACAUCAAAAGGAUUGACCUGUCCCACACCAAACUUGCUCCUGUAGAUGAUUUGGUCAGCAAGGAUGGGCCUUAUUAUCGGAUAUUGGAGGAGUUUCUUUACCAGUCUUUUGAGGAUGAGGAACUAGAUCUUGAUGAAGUUGUCUCCCCUUUGUCUUUUGUUCUUCAAAAGGCUAGUGCAUUGAAGUGCUUGAAGGUUAAAGACUGUGCAGAACUGGAUGAUUCCAUUGUUUCAAAAGCAAUUGAACAGCAUUCUUUUUCAAAUCUGGAAGUGUUUGUCUUGUAUAGCUGCAAUACCAUCACGUCCGAAAGUAUUGAAAAGUCUACUUCUCACCGAUAA